UGCUGCGGCCGCACGCCUGAUUGAUAUAUGACUGCAAUGGCACUUUUCCAUUUGACAUUCUCUCUCUCUUUCCCUUUCUCUCUCUCUCCCUGUGUCGCUUAAACAACAGUCCUAACUUUUGUGUGUUGCAAAUAUAAAAGGCAAGCCAUGUGACAGAGGGACAGAAGAACAAAAGCAUUUGGAAGUAACAGGACCUCUUUCUAGCUCUCAGAAAAGUCUGAAAAGAAAGGAGCCCUACGUUUCUCCUAAGGUCUGCAUGCACAAGUGUUCCACAUUGCAAUAACACUGAAUUCAGUAUUCAAAUCCUACCAUUGGAAAGAAAAGCUGUGCAGCAGAUACAGUGAUGAUGGACUGCAAGUGCAAAGAGUAAGACAAAACUCUGGCAUACAAAGGACAAUGACAACCAGAAAGCUUCAGCCAGAUCCUGCCCUUUACUUGGAAGGAACUGAAUCCUAGGAGGUGAAGGCAUUUCUCAUUUUUAGUCCUCUGCCUCCCUCUGCUGUUCUUCUUGAGUAGUUUUUCCUUACAACAAUGAGAAAUCAUGUACUAGCUGCAUCCUUUUCUAUGCUCUCCCUGCUGGCACUAAUGGGAGAUACAGACAGCAAAAUGGAUACCUCCUUCAUGAUGGACUCAGAUCCUCGACGCUGCAUGAGGCACCACUAUGUCGAUUCUAUUAGUCACCCACUAUACAAGUGUAACUCAAAGAUGGUACUUCUCGCCAGGUGUGAGGGGCACUGCAGCCAGGCAUCGCGGUCCGAGCCCUUGGUGUCCUUCAGCACUGUCCUCAAGCAGCCCUUCCGAUCUUCCUGUCACUGCUGUCGGCCCCAAACCUCCAAGCUGAAAGCAUUGAGGCUGCGCUGUUCAGGGGGCAUCAGACUCACGGCCACCUACCGGUACAUCCUCUCCUGUCACUGUGAGGAAUGUGGUUCCUGAGAUCUGCUUUUGAGCGACUUCUGGAUGAGACAACCUCCAGCCUCUGAUCAAGGCAGCUCAAUCAGCCAAGGAAGGACUGGCAAGAAAAGAGUUAAGGCAAAAAAAA